AUGAAAGCAAUUCUUGGAUUACUAUUUGUGCUCUACUGUGUCGCUGCUGAUAAUUCACAGUCGAAGAAUGUAGAACAAUCAAAACAAGAAAAGAGAUCCUUAACUCAUGGAGGCUUGGAUAUUGGAUUGCCCGCAACAUCGUAUGAGUCUUCGCCAUCAUUUGGCUCAUAUGCACCUUCUGCAUCGUUUGGACAUUCAUUUAGCUCCGGACCGUCAUUUAGUUCCGGACCAUCAGUUUCAUAUGGACCUUCAGCAUCAUUUGGACCAUCAUUCAGUUCCGGACCAUCAUUUAGCUCUGGCCCAUCAUUCAGUGCAGGUCCAUCAGUUGUCUCAGGCGAGAUUCCUGCUUCAAUUCCAUCAGGCGCAGAAGGAGCAGUUUUGUCAGGUGGAGCUUCUGCUGUCGGAGUUUCUACAAAUACAAAUACAUUGACGACAAUCAACCAAAGGGUUCCAGUCCCAGUUCCAGUUUAUAGAGCUGUUCCAGUUGAUAGACCAGUUCCAUACCCAGUCAUCAAGAACGUACCAGUCAAUGUUCCAGUUCCACAACCAUACCCAGUUGAGGUUCUUAAGCACGUUCCAGUCGACAGACCAUACCCAGUUCCAACACCAGUACAUGUCCCUGUCGAGGUUAUUAAGCAUGUUCCAUUCGAAGUCGUUAGAAACGUUGAUCGUCCUGUCCCAUAUCCAGUUGAAGUCAUUAAACAAGUUCAAGUUGAUCGUCCAGUACCUGUUCCAACACCAGUUCAUGUCCCAUACGAAGUUGUCAGACACGUACCUGUCGAUCGCCCAGUUCCAUAUCCAGUUGCUACACCAGUUCAAGUCCCAGUUGAUAGACCAGUUCCAUACCCAGUGCCUUUUGAAAGACCAUCCUUGCCAUCAUACUCACUCUUAAAAACCGUCCAUUACUCAUCACCAAUUCAUUCAUUGAAGUCUAAAUUUUUGGGAUGGUAA